UUAAAGAGACGUCUCUGACUGGGCGGUGCUAAAGAGGAGCAUUACAAACGGGACUCCGACAUGAACGCCAUUUGUCCCUUGCUUCCGUGAAACCCGAGCCUAGUACUCGUGUGAUUUAUUGCUCGACUGUCUAUUGGCGAAGGGAAGAAGAUGGUGACCAAAAGGAUCCGCUCGGAGUACAUGAAGAAAUUUAAAGACCCCAAAUGGGAGACUUACUCGAAAUGUUAUGAGGAAAGGCUGAAGUACAGGUUGGCUCGAAGACUUCUGGAGCAAUCGCACAAGCCCUGGUUCUGGAGUGGAUCCGACAGCGACUCGGAUUCAGUUGGAGGAAAUUCACCUCAGGCCGACAGGAGCCAAGCUCAGUGUUGUGAGAAAGGUGAUGAGCCUGCGGGGGCCGAGCUGGAGGAGUGCCAGGGGUCCAAGGUUGAUGUACUAAGUCUUCCCGUCCUGGAGCAGGAGAAACAAAAUUCCCAUUCUCAAGGGGCAGAACAGAGUGUCAGGAAACACAAAAGUGUUACUCACCGGGAACCACAAGCAGUGUUUCAUCUUGAAAAAGAUCCUGCAGCUCGAGCGGCACCGCAGACAACACCACAGAGGCUUCCCAAGUUUAAGUGUGUCCAGCGGGUUAAAAAAACAGCAGUGGUGCGGCCUCCAAAUGAUGAAAGCAAACAUCCUUUUGCUCUGUAUGCUUCUGGUGAGAAGGAUGCCGACGUUGCCAGCAGAAAGACACACAACGUUCGACCUGCUUGUUCGACCGAUGAGAUCCAUGCAUCAGCUCUGAGGGCAAAGUCCAGGCGGGAAGUAGAGCGACAGGUCCAGGCCCAGCGAUGCGACCGUCGCCGAGCCAAGUCGGCUGAUUUGGACCAAUCCAGAAAGAGGGUUCAGCCUGAGUUUAACCCUUGGCUCACUGAGUACAUGCGUUGCUUCUCUGCUCGCUCUCGAUGAAACUCACUCACUCACUCACUCACUCACUCACUCACACACUUAACAAUACUAAGCCAAACAGGUUCCAUGGCUAGUAGGCCAUCAUUGAAAGUAGGGAUGUUCAAUACCAAAUUUUUUUUUUUGGCUCACCAAUAUCAGUAUGGGUAUUAAAUCUCGAGUACUCAGCAAUACUAUGAAGUAACAAAACUUGAUAUUUGAUACAUAACAUUUCAAUUUACACAAUGACAGAUAAUUGUGAACAAAGAUGAUGAUUUACCCUGCUACCGUGUAGCACCAACUACUGGCAAAGAAGACAUAUUUGAUGGCAGAUUUGCCUCAAGUAUUGUUGGCUGGUAUCGGCAUCUUUCAUAAAUGCCCAAUACCUUGCAUUCAAGCGGAUUACAGACCGAUACCGAUACCUAGUAUCGAUACUCAUCCAUUCCAAACUGAAAGUAACAUAUAGUAAUUCUAAUGGAGAUAUCUACAUAUUAAAAUGAGAAUUUUAAAGCCAUAUACAGAUCCAGUCCCUAGGCACAUGCUGUAUAAGAGCAGGGCCUAUUUCUUUACUAGAUCUGUUACAAGGGGCAGCAUGUGGCACAAAUGGUUAUCAUGCCGGUCUCAUAGUUGUGAAAUACAGGGUCCAAAUCCCGGCUCUGAAUUUGCUGUGUGGGGUUUGCAUGUUCUCCCCAUGCAUCGCACUUCCUCUCACAUUCCUUAAACGUGCUUGUUAGGUUAAUGGCUGACUAAAUUGUCCACGAAUGUGAAUGCAAGUGUAAAUAUGUAUUCAUGUUUAAGUGGCGACCAAUCCUGUGGAGCUGGGUUAGCCUUGGGCUCACUUGCAAAACUCAUGAGGACAAAUGCUGAAGAAUAGGAAUGGAGCAUACUUCAAGGCUGAUUAUGUGACCACUAACAACACAAGGGCACAUUUAGAAAGCCACUUUUUGAUGAUUUUGUCAUAAGAUUGUGAUCACCACAAAGAAUGUAUAUCCCUUAUGAAAUACGUAAUAAGACCAUACAUAGUUGUGUGUGUGUGUGUGUGUGUGUGUGUGUAAAGACUAAGAAAAUGUCUUCCUAACAGGUUUACAUAUAUUAAAUAUUGCUGUUGGAGAAAAACUGGUGUACAAUUGUUGUUGAGAAGAGCAUGGAUAUUAAGCGCCCUUUCACAACUUUUUUUCGAGGCCACUUAAAGGCUGUGUAUGUGAGACAUACCGCAGGUGUCGCAGUGGUUAUCUUCAGGAGGGUUAUAAAUUAACCUUAUUCAGGUGUUUGGACCACUAAGGUCAAAUUGAUUCAUCAGAAUUGUCAUUUUAAAAUGAGGCCAAUGUUGAAACUAAUUCAACAAUGGACAUAAGCCAAAUCAACUCUCAUGGAAAGACACUUCGAGGGCUAAUCAGCUCUGUGCCAUAUAAUGACAUUUUGUUUAUAUUGAUGUUAAUUAAAACUAAAAUUAACUUUUUUUUUCUAGUUCAUACCAGGGUCAGGUUUUAUUGUUCGUGUUCAUUCUCAGUGGAAUACCAGCAUGAUUCUGUAAAUAUCACUUCGAACAAAGAUGUGAAUUUUUGUGCAAUAUUAAUACCCUGGAAAUAGUGUGAAGUCUGACAAUCAUUAAGAGGAAAUUUAAAGUUUGUAACUCUUUUGCUAGAUUUGUCGUUGAUAGAAGUUCUAUUCUCCAUUAAACAGGUUUUGAUUGGACAGUGAGGAAUGUUCAUUGUUAUUUGAGUAGUGUAUUAGAGCAACAGAUAUUCAGUCUGAAUUGAAUGGUUUGGUUUCGUAUAAGACUUAGGUUUUCUUUCCUUCGUCCCCGCAGCUUUAGAACAUGAAUAAAAUGUUAUCAUGAUAAAAGCUGUCACAACAACAAUGCUCUUAAAAGUUCUGUCAUGUUUACCUUUCAAGCUUUUAAUAAACACAUUUUCCACCCA